AUGAAGGGAACGCUAAAAAAAAAUACUCCAAAUAAAUUUGAAGCUCUUUUUGGUGAAGUAUCUGGUAGUAUGACAUCAUUAGGUGUUUUUCUUCAUCUCGUAAAAAAAGAUAUCUUGGAUAAGGUGAAGCUUGGUAUUAUGAUGCGGGAUUCUCUUAACAGUGCGUUGAAAGGAUGUAAAGGACAGGCAAAAUUAUCACAAACUAAAAAUUCAAUGAAAGAGCUGUAUUGUAGCAAUAUGAGAAAAAAGUAUCGCAAAACUACAAGGGAGUAUAGUCCAGUUUUGAAUAUAAAUAGUAUACUCAAGUCUAAAUUGAUUUAA